AUGGAUGGAGACCCGGCCGUCGAGCCAGAGCUCGACUCCUUCAGUCUGACACUCCCUCUGCCAUAUCGCGUGGCAUUGGUUGUAGUUUUAGGUGUUUGGGCUUGGGGAGCAAAUCUACAUUAUCUCUCUCUCGUCAAAAUCGAUGUCCCAUCUCUCAUUCACUAUCCACAACGAGCAUCUCCUCGAACAGACCUCCCGCACCAUCUCUCAACAUACCGCCUAGCCCUCUUACUCACGCUCCCCUUCUCCCUCUCGAUCCUCCUCUUCUGGGCUCUCUCACAUCGCAACCCCACACUAGUUAUAUACUACGACUUCCUCCCGGUCUCGCUCCUCCUCCUACUUCUCAUCAUAUUCUUCCUCCCGCGACGAUUCUCCUCGACCGGACGAAGCCGGUUCCUGCAAACAUUACGGCGAGUGUCAAUUGGCGGCCUCGCCCAAGCUCAUGAUGGGAAAUUCGGCGACAUUCUCCUCGCAGAUGUCCUCACGUCCUACGCAAAGAUAAUUGCAGACCUAUUCGUAUCACUCUGCAUGUUCUUCUCGCACAAUGGUUCUGCAACAAAGCGCCCCGAUCGUGCGUGCGGAGGGCAGUACCUGGUCCCAAUCAUAAUCGCAAUCCCGUCCCUGAUCCGACUUCGACAAUGUCUGAUCGAAUACGUCCGUGUGAGAGCUGCGAAUCGUAGGAAUGGUGGAAUUGGAUCGCAAGGUUGGGGAGGACAACAUCUAGCCAAUGCGCUGAAAUAUUCGUCGGCUUUUCCAGUGAUCAUACUUUCCGCUCUACAGCGGAACAUGACCCUCAACCAUGACGCAGUCGGGUUGACUGAGAAGUCACUAUAUCGCGCGUGGCUCCUGGCAGUCAUCGUCAACUCUCUAUACAGCUUCUACUGGGACGUAGCUAAAGAUUGGGAUCUCACGCUGUUCUCAGCACUCCGGUCUCCAUCAAAGGCACCACACAAUAUACCUUUUGGUCUACGACAACGCCUGUUUUUCCACACCAAGGAACUCUACUAUAUCGUCAUUGUUCUCGACCUCCUGCUCCGCUGUACAUGGUCCCUGAAACUCUCGCCUCAUCUAGACCACUUUGCAGAUUUCGAGAGCGGGAUCUUCCUGAUGGAAUUCUUGGAGGUGGGUAGGAGAUGGAUAUGGAUAUUCUUCCGGGUCGAGACGGAAUGGGUCCGGAAUACGGAUAAAGGUGUUCUUGGUGGACCUGGUCAGGAUGAUGUCUUGCUGGGUGAGUACAGCGAUGACCUCGGGGAUUUUGGCUACAGCAGUGGAAAGGAUGAUGAUGAUUGA